GUCAAAGUUUCAAGUGCCAAGUCAAUAAACAGCCCAGACCUACGACAGCAUGAAGGACCCUGUGAGCGGUUGCACGUACAAUCUGUUGUACCAAGAUCUGAAGAAAUUUUCAAAGAAUGGGGAGCAUUUCUGCAAAGAACUCAUGAUAGUCUUUCAGCAAAGGGCCGAGUUGGAGACCAGCUACGCCAAAGGGCUGCAGAAGUUGGCCGGCAAGCUCAUCAAGGCUUUGAGUAGCAUGGGACGCAACUCCACCUACAAUGCUUGGUCCCAGGUAUCAGAUGAAAUGUAUUCCAUGGCAGACAUACACAGGACGUUGGGAAAUGCUUUUCAACAAGAAGCAAUUCUAGAAAUUCGCCAGAUUCUUGAUGAACACACUAAGCGGAAACGACCACUCGAUAGUACUGUUGAGAAGACAGGGAAACUUGUUGUCACAAAUUGGAAUGAGCAACUUAAGAUCAAGAAGAAAUUGAUUGGGUUGACCAGAGAACAUGAAGCUCUCUUCAGUUUUGUAGAGAACAACAAGCAAAUAUGUACAGAAAAGGAAAAACAGAAGAUGCUCAACAGGUUGACUAAGUCCGCUGAAGCACAGGCCAGGUCAGAUGAGGAGUACUUCAAUGUCAACAUGGCCGGUCAUCAGUUCAGACUGAAAUGGGAGACAACACUGAAGAACUGCUACCAGAUCAUUCAAGAGCUGGAGAAACAGCGCAUUGAAAUACUGAGCAACAUCCUUCAUAAAUACAGCCUCUACAUGUCCAGCUUUGGUCAGACGCUCAUCCAUUGUCAGAAACAAAUAGAACAGGCAAUCACAAACGUAGAUGUGGAGAAGGACAUUCAGAUGCUCGUUGAAGAGACCUCUGUCACAGCAGAGGACAACAAGGCUGAAUUUCUGCUGGCUGACUAUUUUGAGGAGGACAGUAAGACUGUGAUGGGGAAAGAAAGACGAAAAGAGGCACUGAAGUCCAAACUCCAGCGGCUACAGGAUAACAUCUCAAGAACGAAGAAAGAUCUGGAUGGUUUGGAGAGAAUGGUUAAAACCUACACCGAAAACCCCUCUUUCUCAAACAAGAAGAAUCUGGAGGAGACCGAGCAGAUGCUUGAUGAGACCACACUGAAGCUGGACCUCCUGGAGGCAACGCACUGUAAACUGUCUGCCACCAUGGCUGAACUAGAAGGGAAACCCAAAUCUUCUCAUCGCUUCAGCCACAGCAUUACAAAAUGGAAGGAUAAGGAUUUUGAGCACAGCAUUGUACAGCUGGCACGUCCGGUCAAGAUUAAGAAGACGCCGUUCAGGUCGAGACAGUCAAUGAGGUCCACAGUCGGUUGCACAGCUCCUACCCAGAAUGCAAUAGCACAGCCUCCUGAAGCCCAGCCUGCCUCUGACCAGGACAGCGAAAUGCAGUCUGAAGAUGGGAUGAAUGGGCUUCUCUGUGAAUUUGAUGAGGACAACGGAAAAGGUGCAGAGCCCACAUGCAUUGGAAAAUGCAAAGCACUUUAUGACUUCAGCUCUGACAGAGACGAUGAGUUAAACAUCAAGGAAGGUGACCUCCUUGACAUUCUUGAAAAGGAAGACAGCGGUUGGUGGUACGGGACAUUAAAUGGCCUGAAAGGUCACUUCCCCUCAACGUACGUCGAAGAGCUGCCCACGUUCAGCGUCAGCAUGUCGUCUGAUGUAUGACGCACUGCAAAAUACUGGAACAUAACAUCAACAUCAAUUGUGAAACAUUUCACAUUUGUUGUUUAUUGCACUGGACGAGUGCCCACACUUCAGCAUUAGUGCCCCUGCUACACAGGUACAAGUGUAAAAGCUGUAAGCUGAGAAAAACAACUGAUGAUCUCAGCAUUGUGAACAAAAGAAAACCGGGGUGUUGUUUUUUUUUAAAUGGAAAUGUUGUUGCUCACACUUUGUUAUUCGUACUGAAGUCCAAAUGAAAAAUGAAAUAGAAAAAGAAUGUAAUGAAAAAAAUGUCACAUGAAAAGAAAAAUGUCAAUUUAUUUGAAUCAUCCAAGUUGUAAUUGAAUAUUUAAAUCAAAUGCACUGAAGCACUCCAUUUACUGUAUUGUCACUAUUUUAUCAUACAUGGAUCUUAAUAAAAUGGAAACUGGAACUGUAA